GCGUGCCACAACAUCAACUGUGUCAUCCUCUGACAUAUGAUGUGGUUAGCUGAUACUUAAAAUACCUAUCAAGGCGAUGUAAGAUCUGGCAGACUUCAGCAACAUCUAAGCUUUGGAAAGUGGCUGAAGUCUGUUUGGACGCAAUCACAAUUGCUGGCAAAACGGCUGACCUGAUUGGUGAAAAGACCAAUUCGUGGGAAAAAGAUCAGAAUUUGGCAGCUACAGAUGACUGAACAUUUCAUUGGCUGACAGCUGUACAUAAUUAGCCAGCCAGGGUAGAAGGGUCUGGGAUUCCUUUAUGAGGUGCAACCAAAACAGCUGUUAGAAAUAGCAACCGGGAUAUUCUGGCAGGCUGUCGAGAAUUAGUUCUUGAAUACUGUUGUGGUUUUGAUCACUAAAAUGGCUGUGACUUUUGGACUCUCUUUGAGUGUUUCUUGGAUUUGUUGCCUGCUAAUUGGAGGGAUAACUUGUUUUACACUUAAAGGUAACGCUCAUGGGCAUCCUGCCUACACUGGACCUGAACCAACUGGAUCCUAUGCCCAAGCAAGUGUGGUGUCUGGUCCAAAUGCUAAAGCUACUGGCCACAAUGCCACGUCAGCAGAAGCUACUGGCCACAAUGCCACGUCAGCAGAAGCUACUGGCCACAAUGCCACGUCAGCAGAAGCAACUGGCCACAAUGCCACGUCAGCAGAAGCAACUGGCCACAAUGCCACGUCAGCAGAAGCAACUGGCCACAAUGCCACGUCAGCAGAAGCUACUGGCCACAAUGCCACGUCAGCAGAAGCUACUGGCCACAAUGCCAUGUCAAGUGUAAAGUCCGGCCCCAGCGCCUCAGCAGAAGCAACAGGCCCCGGCGCCUCAGCGGUAGCGUCCGGCCCCGGCGCCUCAGCAGAAGCAACAGGGCCCGGCGCCUCAGCAGAAGCAACAGGGCCCGGCGCCUCAGCAGAAGCAACAGGGCCCGGCGCCUCAGCAGUAGCGACAGGCCCCGGCGCCUCAGCAGUAGCGACAGGCCCCGGCGCCUCAGCAGAAGCGACAGACCCCGGCGCCUCAGCAGAAGCGACAGGCCCCCGCGCCUCAGCAGAAGCGACAGGCCCCGGUGCCUCAGCAGAAGCGACAGGCCCCCGCGCCUCGUCAGCAGAAGCUACUGGCCACAAUGUCACGUCAGCAGAAGCUACUGGCCACAAUGCCAUGUCAAGUGUAAAGUCCGGCCCCGGCUCCUCAGUAGAAGCAACAGGCCCCGGCGCCUCAGCGGUAGCGUCCGGCCCCGGCGCCUCAGCGGAAGCAACAGGCCCCGGCGCCUCAGCAGAAGCAACAGGCCCCGGCGCCUCAGCAGAAGCAACAGGCCCCGGCGCCUCAGCAGAAGCAACAGGCCCCGGCGCCUCAGCAGAAGCAACAGGCCCCGGCGCCUCAGCAGAAGCGGCAGGCCCCGGCGCCUCAGCAGAAGCGACAAGCCUUGAACAGACGGCCCGACCACUCAACUAGGGAGAUCAUAAUUUGGUUUGGCCAACUCUUUAAUCGUCUUAUCCCUGUUACCUUUACCCUUUUCUGCAAGAGGCACAGUAACUGAGGUGGGGAAAUGUGUGAACUAAUGCACUUGUUUGAAAUGAGGAUCUCCUUCACUUGUACAUCGUCAUGCAAAUUGUAUACAGAGGUGGAUGAUACAAUGUUAUGAAUCGUUUUUAUAAACAUACGACUAAAUUGACUUCUGUAUGUAGCGAUAUUGCUGACACACUUUUAGGUUCUACGGUUAUGCUUUUGAUUUAGCCUGGUGUUCCUGCUACUCUUGCAUGAUUUGCUCAAUAAACCAUUUGACUUUCAAAAAAC